GAGGUGAAAAAACUGAGUUGUAUAAAAAAAGUAAACGCUUUACACCAUUUUUUUACAGUGUAGCUGUAGUAAGUAGAUAGGAAACACCACCACCCGACAUCGGAACGAUUCGCCGGAGAGCUUUCCAUGGCACAACUAAUACGACCGAUACGGCAACUUUCGCCUCAGUGUCACCACCAUUUUCGCAAUCUCCGCCACCUGCUCUCCACGAAGCUGCCGCUAAACCCACCUUCUUCUCCCACCACCACCACUCUCCUUCUCCUCCUCUCCCCUUCUUUCUCCACCGCAAGACCUCCGCCUCGUCGGCGACUUCGCCGUCCCGCGCCACCCGAAGCUCUCGCUCCUCUAACUCUCGUCGCUGAAGAAGAAGGUGGCGACAGCGAUGGUGAGUCCGACGAGUCUGAGUCGUCGAGGAGCAGGAACCAGCGGAAGCGCGACGCUCGCCGCGCCGUCAGGUGGGGUAUGGAGCUAGCUUCCUUCUCAAGUGAUCAGAUUAAGAGAGUCAUGAGAGCUGCGUCGCUUGGUGAAGAGGUUUACGAUGCGUUGAUGCUUGCCAAGAGGCUAGGCGCGGAUGUUCGAGAAGGAAAGCGUAGACAUUUUAACUAUAUUGGGAAGUUGUUGCGUGAAGUUGAACCUGAUUUGAUGGACACUCUGAUUAAUGCUACCAAUCAGGGUGAUCUCACAAGGAUUCAGGCGCUGAUUGCUUCGGCUAAGGAGGGAGCAGAUGAUGCUGGAGUUAGUGAUUUUAAUGAUCUGGAAACAGAGUCGGAAGAUGAAGGAGAGAGCUCAGAAGAGUAUAUGGCUAUAGCUGCGAGAUGGUUUGAUGGCCUCAUCAGUCAAAAUGUGGAACUCACCAAAGAAGUUUAUUCUCUUCAGAGUGUUGAUUUUGAUCGACAGGAACUGCGUAAACUUGUUCGGAAAGUACAGUUGGUUCAUGAGCAGAGGAAAGACGUAACCCCAGAUAAGCAGAAAGAAGUCGAUGCAGCAUUGGUGACGGCUGAGAAGUCUCUGAAUCGGUUUCUUCAUUCCGUGGCAAAACAAAUGAAGAGCGAGGAGAGCGAUUUGUUCUUGUGAUAUAAAAAAAUAUUUGUUGAUGAUUCAAUGUAAUACCCUUUAAACCGAACUCAGACCGAGUAACCAAAAUUUUGGUUCGGUUUGCUAAAUCCGGUUAAACUGCCAAGGCUUUACUUUUAGUUUAGCUUAUCAGUUAUCAUGAUCUUCUUUUCUC